CCCGAACACACUUCUAAACGGACUUUCACUGUGCUAACGUCGUCGUGCUGACAAAGGUUUUGCCGUAGUGGCGGGUUCCAUCCCCAAAAUAUAUCGGAGAUUAUCGUGUCCUUGAAGGAUUGUGCAACGUUGUUCGUUGAACCUUUCAGUAGUUUUUCAGUGUCGUCUUCAUCCUCCUGUACGUAAUAUUUGAAUCAUGAAGCCGUUCGCCUUCGGAGUGCUUAUCGCGGCCGUUUUCUGCGUGGCCAACGUGUUCGGUGCCGAUGAAGCGCCAAAGGAUACCACCGACGAAGAGACGGUCAAAAUCUACAAGCGACUCAUCCCAGCCGACGUGCUCAGAGAUUUCCCCGGAAUGUGCUUCGCUUCUACCCGUUGUGCUACUAUCGAACCGGGCAAGUCCUGGGAUCUAGCUCCAUUCUGUGGACGAUCAACCUGCGUAGUUUCGGAGAACAACCCAUCUCAACUGUUGGAGUUGGUUGAAGACUGCGGCCCAUUGCCCCUGGCCAACGACAAGUGCAAACUGGACGCUGACAAGACCAACAAAACCGCUCCAUUCCCGUACUGCUGCCCGAAGUUCACCUGUGAGCCUGGCGUCAAGUUGGAAUACCCGGACGUCAAGAGUCCAGAAGAGUCCACCUCAGAAGACAGCAAGAAAAAUUAAGCAAAGCCGAACCCCGACCGACCGAACAACAUGAGAACAAAUAUCAAAUCAGAGUAUUGUGAACACCCAACCUCAAGCGAUACUGCAUGGUUCGGUAUGCUUUCAUUUUUGUACCGAUACCGAACGUAUAGACUAUUUUAAGGCCAAUCUCAGAAAAUGGCGCAGAAAAAAGUGUAUUAUCGAACAAGGAACACACCAUAUACCUAUUAGUCAAGUAUGUGAUAUUAGAAAUAUGUAUUUAUCUGAAAAAGUACUAUUUUAAAAACACAAUGUUUCGUUACCCAACUGUUGGAGUGAGGAUUGCGCAGUUUGCCGAUUUUCCCCAAAUAUGGACAAAUUGAUUUAUACUCAAACAGUCUUUUCUCUCGAUGUUGCUAAUACUUAAUUUUGUUUCGUCACAUAAAAAACUACAGAUUUUAUAAAAAAAGUUCUCAUUUUCAGUAAA